UCCAGCUACAUUUAGGGAAGUAAUAAUUGUACCAAACUGUAUGUUUUACCAUAUCAUUUAGUGGACUCUACAGCUAUAAACAUUUUGAAAGAAGAGAGAAGGGGACUAACAUCAACAGGAUGGCCGAUGAUGUCCUUUAUGCAUCAGUAAACUUCUCUCAGAAGAACCGGCAGCCAAGAAAACAAGAGGAACAGGAUACAGAGGCUACAAGAGACCAGAGAGAUGAAGUCAUCUACGCAGAAGUCAAAGCAGCAAAUAGCCAGGAAACACAAAAGGAGGAAACUGAAGCUGGCACCUGCCAGCCCAUUAAAAGUGAAGUAGAGAGUGACCCCUACAGCAGUUUAAAAUGGAAACGGGCCAAAAACGACAUCCCAGCAAAAGAAGGAGCAUCAGAGCAUCCUUCAAAUUUAAAAAUGAAAGCCUGUCUUCUGAAAUUUCUGUUGUUCCUUUGUGGUUCCCUAUUGGCUUCCAUUGUCUUGUUGGCCAUUUACAAUUUGACUCCAUUCAAGGACAAAGGUGCUGUUAAUGAAAUGAAACAGAACUAUUCUAUCAAUGAGCAACAUCUGAUGCAGCUGAGAAGGCAAUAUGACAUUUUAAACAGAGAGCACAGCAACCUCUCAGAGUACCAGAAAACUCUGCAGAUGAACCUUACCAGCCUGCAGUCUCUCUAUUCCAACCUGUCUGCAUAUCUCACCAAACUGCUGUCCAAUUAUUCCACACUAAACCAAGAGAAUGCUGAGUUUUCUGCAGUAAUUGAAAAACUGAAUAAACGAUGUCCAAUAUCAAAUUCAUUAUCUCAAAGCAGGAUUUGUUAUGUUUGUCCACAGAACUGGAUGUUGUUCAACUCAAAGUGUUACUCAUUCUCCAGUAAUAAACUGACCUGGACAGGUGGUGUUGAAGGCUGCAGACAACAUGAGGCACACCUGGUGAUCAUAGAGAGUGAGGAGGAGCAGACAUUUUUAUUAAACGAGUUGAGCAAACAAAGUCCCAAGAAGACCUACUGGAUUGGAUUGAAUGACAUCGCGAAUGAAGGUCAAUUUGUUUGGGUGGACAACAAACGUCUGGACCGAAGCAAAAGCUUCUGGGGUGUGAAUUGGGAUGGAACGAUGGAGCCAGAUAACUGGAGAAAUCAAGAAAACUGUGUGAAAAUACAGAAAACCGCUACUGCUAGUGGCUGGUAUGAUGCCUACUGUUUAGAGACAAACAACGUUAUCUGUGAAAGAGCAGCAGAAGGAAUUACACUGUGACCUUUAAGUGAUAAAUCACACAGAAUCUACAGCAUCACCGGGACACUCUACAUUGACUGUAAAGGAGAGCACUAACUCAGAGGCGCUGAUUUAUUUUGCAGUUUCUCUGAGUUCACAGGUGUCUGCACACCCAGGUCACUGAGAUAUUUUAUAAAGUGCAUCUGCUGUCAUUGUCACCUGGUCACAAAGUCACCCUUAUCUCAUUUCCUUGAGUCUUUUGAAUGACACUUUUAACAUACCUGAUAUUGCAAUGAUAUGUGAAGAAAAAUGCAUGUUGAUAAGUAAAAUAUUAAGGACAUAUGAUGGAGGUAAGCAUCCAGAAAAUGGCCAAAAGUUUGAAGUAGCAGGAGAAGAGAAAAUCAAACUGAAAUCAAAAACAAAAGUGGAAUUCAAAAAUCAAAAGUCAAAAAAUCUUAUCUCUAGUCUAAUGGCCUUUCCCUAACUUACAGGAAAACAAAGUAAAAAUUACUUUGUAAAAAUGUC